AUGGUGAAUGUUAUGAAAGGAGUCCUCGUCGAGUGUGACCCAGCUAUGAAACAAUUCCUGCUCCACCUGGAUGAAACACUUGCACUUGGUAGGAAAUUUAUUCUACAAGACCUUGACGAAACGCAUCUUUUCAUAUCAUCUGAUAUAGUAGACACACUACAAGCCCGUGUGGAUGAUUUAAUGGACCAACUAAGUAUUCCAGUACACGAAAAGGGACUCUUGUGGAAGAAGAUGCAAGCUUUAGACCAGAACCUCCAAACUAUUUGUCUGCUCAAGCACCACCAUCAAAAUUUCCCGAUCGCCAUUUUUGUGCUGUGUGUGGAUUUCCGUCAAAUUAUACCUGUAUACCUUGUGGAGCAAGAUAUUGCAGUGUCAAAUGCU